AUGCAAGCGGAAGAGAAGAAUGCUGCAGAGAUGUUACCAAUGAUUGUGGAGAAUCCUCCUGCAAGCAAUGCAUUUCAUGACACUGAAGAGAAGAAGUUUGUUGCUGAUAUCCCUGUGUCAAAUUCUUCAGAAAAAACAAGUAAAAAAACAUGGAAUACGAUCACAAUGCCCAUUCGUGUGUUAGACCCUUGGAAUAUGAGAGAUUACGACAACGACAAGCUUGGGAUUCCGAGGUCUGAUUCUCCUGGCACGGUCAUUAGGAAGAAUCCAAUGAGGAGAUACAAAUACAAUACUUGUAUAGAAGCUGGGCAAUUGAGGAAAAAGUGUCCAAAUCAUAUACCAGUGACUGUGGAGAAGGAUACAAGGAGUGACAUUCCUGACAUUGACACUAAGAAGAAAACGGGAAAGAAAAAGAAAGGAAAUAUGUACAGAAAUCCCAAUACAUUAGAUGAAGUUCUAGGAGUGGUCCUGCUUAUCAUGUAUGUAAGAUCUGAAUACAGAAAGGGAACCGUACUUAUGAUUGCAAAGACAAAGUGCAAAUAUCAAUUCCAUGUUGAUACUCCUCUUGGAGAAUUUGUUUAUGCUAUUCGGUUAAUCAUUGGGCUCAGCAAAAAAAAGCCGAUAUUUGUCUUUUUCAAAAACACUGAACCUCCCGCUUGUGCCUUGAUGUCUGCAAUCGAUGAGGAAAAUAAGGAUGAAGAUGGAUUUCUUCACAUGACCUACAGUGGAGAAGAGAAAAACGUAAACGAGAGCAGUCGUAGUGGGAGUUUUGAAUUGGUUGGAAGCUGUUCCAAGCUUGACAAUCAACUUGAAAGGACGCAAGCAGAAGAGAACAACCCAGAUCUAAUACCGAUGAUCGUGGAGAAUACUGCUGCAAGUAGCGACAUUCCUGGCAUUGAAGAGCAGAAAAAUUCGUCAGAAAAAAAAAGGAAAAAAGCAUGGCCCGUUACUCUUUUAGACCCUUGGAAUAGGAGAAAAUUCCCUAUGGCUGAGAUUGAGAGGCCUGAAUUUUUUGGCAUGAGCAAGAGGAUGACGAGGGAUUUUGUAAAGAGAUUCAAAGACCGUACUUGUUUAGAAGCUGGGGAGUUGAGGGAGAAGCGUCCAAAUUAUGUACCCGUGACUGUAGAGAAGGAUGCAAGGAGUGACAUUCCUGAUAUUGACAUGAAGAAGUUAGCUUCCAGUUCCCUUCUGAUUGAGCUUAGCAUAAAGAAGCCUAUAUUUGUGUUUUUCAAGAACAUUGAACCCCCCACUGGUGCCUUGAUGGGUGCAAUUGAUGAGGAAAAUAAGGAUGAAGAUGGAUUUCUUCACAUAACAUACAGUGGAGAAGAGAGACUCUGCGGAUCCAAUGGAGGGCAAGAAUGCCCUUAA